CACCGGUUGUCUCAGCACUUCCGGGUCGGCGAAGGAGGCUGCGUGACGUUGCUGAAGCGUUUGGUAGCCUCGCGCCUGUUAUUGUUCCUGCUCCCGCGAGCCGCCGCCACCGCCGCCGCCACCCCGCGCCUCGGGACGCGUUUAGCCCCUUUAAGGGCGCAGUGCGGGGAAAGAAAAGGGAAACGCGGGGGUGGGGGAAGGCCCUCGCCUGUGGGAACGUGAAGGCCGGCGGCGUAGGUGGUCGCUAAACUGUCAAGAGGUGGAAGGCGGUUAGAGGAGCGUGGUCGUGGGGGUCGCUAACGGUUUCGAACCUUCCGUAGCGCGAUCCCGACACCGAGGGGCGAGGGGGGGCAUAACGCCGCGUCACUGAGGAGCCUAGAGGUGGAAGAGGAGGAGGGGAAGCAGCAGCAGCAGGAGGCGGCGGCGGCAGCGGCGGCGAUUGGAAGGACAUGGCCUACGCGUAUCUCUUCAAGUAUAUCAUAAUCGGGGACACAGGUGUUGGAAAAUCAUGUUUAUUGUUGCAGUUUACAGACAAAAGGUUUCAACCAGUACAUGACCUUACUAUAGGUGUAGAGUUUGGUGCUCGAAUGAUAACCAUUGAUGGUAAACAGAUAAAACUUCAGAUAUGGGAUACGGCUGGGCAGGAGUCCUUCCGUUCCAUCACAAGGUCAUACUACAGAGGGGCAGCAGGUGCCUUAUUAGUGUAUGACAUUACAAGGAGGGACACUUUCAACCAUUUGACAACAUGGUUAGAAGAUGCUCGUCAGCAUUCCAAUUCCAACAUGGUUAUUAUGCUCAUUGGAAAUAAAAGUGAUCUAGAGUCUAGAAGAGAAGUCAAAAAAGAGGAAGGUGAAGCAUUUGCACGAGAGCACGGGCUUAUCUUUAUGGAGACAUCUGCCAAAACUGCUUCCAAUGUAGAAGAGGCAUUUAUUAAUACAGCAAAGGAAAUCUAUGAGAAAAUACAGGAAGGAGUCUUUGAUAUUAAUAAUGAGGCAAAUGGCAUUAAAAUCGGCCCUCAGCAUGCUGCUACUAAUGCAACACUUGCAGGCAAUCAGGGAGGACAACAGGCUGGUGGAGGCUGCUGUUGAACCUAUUUUUACUUCCUAGCUGCCUGAUGGGGCCUACUAACUUGUUUCACCCUCCCCUGCUCAAUUUCAGCUACGACAUGAAAUUAUUGUAAGAUGGCAUCAUGUUGCAGAAGACUUUAUUCUUCAAAUUCUUGUACAACUUUGAAUAAAUGGUUAAUGUUCACUUAAAGAGAGGUUUUGGAGAUUGUAUUCAUAUCUAUAUUUCCAUUUGAUUUCUAAGUCAAUUGAUGUGAUUAUUUUUGUUAAAUGUUGUCUUGUGCCCUUGACUACGAACUGUAUUAAACACUACAAAGUCAUCUGAGUAUUUUAAUCAGUUUGUGUAGUUAGGUUGCCCAGCUACUGUGGUUACCUAAUGUUUAAUAUUGUAAUACUGUCCUCAAGUUUUGUCCAUUUUCAAGGCUCUAAAGAAAAACAGAAGGACUCUUAAUUCUGUAUUUAUCAUUUACUUUCUGUAUAUAUAGUUUAAUAACCUGCUUGGGUGUAUUUGCCAAGCUAUAAUUCUUUAAUGCAUUUGCAUAAAUUCUAUACGUUUAGAGCUUAGAACUACAGAAGCAUUAUUAGAAAUUGCUUAGAUGCUGAAUUUUAAACCUUAUUGACAUUGUUAGCUUAUUUGUCCUCUUGUCAUUACCCUAGAGUCCAAAAAAAAAUGCUUUAUGUAUAUUACUAGAAGCUACAUAUGCGUUACCUAUUUUAAUGCCAAAUGUUUGCUAUUUGCUCACAGUUUCCACAGCACCUCUUCAGAAAUGGAUUAGCUGUUUGCCUUAAUUAUGUAGGUUAAAACAUAUGAUAAUGAAAAAUACAGGAAGCAUUGAAACUCAUAAAAUGGCACAUUAUGAAGACUUCAGUCUUUCUUAACUUUUAUUUGCCUCUUCAUUUCUAGGUAUAUUUUCAUCAAGGACAGUUUUUCAACCUAGAUGUACAGUGAAUGUGUAAAGUUGGUUUUUUUGUUUGGGUUUUUUUUUAGUGACAACUUGUAAUCUUAAUAUGGUAAGCAUCUUGUCUAUUGUGAAGGGGGUGUGACAAUAAAACUGCCAGAUUGAAAAUCCUGAUAAAAGCCAAAGCUGGAAAUGCUUUAGUGCUUUACUCCACUUGGUGAUUUUUUUAUUUCCACCCAUGCUUCUAUUGAAUUAGUUUGCAGUAUUGCAAAAUAAAGUCCUGUUUAACUAUA